AUGGCAACGGUCAUCUGUACCCGUUUCACUGAAGAAUAUCAGAUGUAUGAGGAGCUGGGAAAGGGAGCGUUUUCUGUGGUGCGCCGCUGUGUGAAGGUGCUGUCGGGUCAGGAGUACGCCGCCAAGAUCAUCAACACCAAGAAGCUCUCUGCCAGAGAUCAUCAGAAGUUGGACCGUGAAGCUAGAAUCUGCCGUUUGCUGAAGCACUCCAACAUCGUCCGGCUACAUGACAGCAUUUCGGAGGAGUUGCAUCAUUACCUCAUCUUCGACCUGGUAACAGGAGGAGAGUUAUUUGAAGAUAUUGUAGCCAGAGAAUAUUACAGUGAAGCUGACGCCAGUCACUGUAUCCAGCAGAUUUUGGAGGCGGUGCUGCAUUGUCACCAGAUGGGUGUUGUCCAUCGAGACCUGAAGCCAGAGAACCUGCUGUUAGCCUCCAAGUCUAAAGGAGCGGCGGUGAAACUGGCUGACUUCGGUCUCGCCAUCGAGGUGGAGGGAGACCAGCAGGCCUGGUUCGGCUUCGCAGGGACUCCUGGUUAUCUUUCUCCGGAGGUUUUGAGGAAGGAUCCGUACGGCAAAGCAGUCGACCUCUGGGCCUGUGGUGUGAUCCUCUACAUCCUGCUGGUGGGUUAUCCUCCGUUCUGGGAUGAAGAUCAGCAUCGUCUCUACCAGCAGAUUAAAGCUGGAGCUUACGAUUUCCCGUCCCCAGAGUGGGACACGGUGACCCCUGAAGCCAAAGAUCUCAUUAACAAGAUGUUGACCAUCAAUCCUUCUAAAAGGAUCACAGCAGCAGAAGUUCUCAAACACCCCUGGAUCUCUCAUCGCUCCACCGUGGCGUCCUGUAUGCACAGACAGGAGACGGUUGAGUGUCUGAAGAAGUUCAACGCCAGGAGGAAACUCAAGGGAGCCAUCCUGACCACCAUGUUGGCCACCAGGAAUUUCUCCGGAAAGAGUGGAAACAAGAAGGCCGACGGAGUCAAGGAAUCAUCUGAGAGCACAAACACCACCAUUGAGGAUGAAGAUACCAGAGUGAGGAAACAGGACAUCAUUAAAGUUACGGAGCAGCUCAUCGAGGCGAUCAGCAACGGAGACUUUGAGAGCUACACUAAGAUGUGCGACCCGGCUGUGACAGCGUUCGAGCCCGAGGCGUUGGGGAAUCUGGUCGAAGGCCUCGACUUCCACCGCUUUUAUUUUGAAAACUUGUGGUCUAAGAACAGUAAACCGGUCCACACCACCAUCCUGAACCCCCACAUCCACCUGGUGGGGGAGGAGGCAGCAUGCAUCGCUUACAUCAGAGUGACUCAGUACAUCGACGCCAACGGGACGCCUCGCACCGCCCAAUCAGAGGAGACCAGGGUCUGGCAUCGCCGCGACGGGAAGUGGCAGAUCGUCCACUUCCACCGCUCAGGCGCCGCCUCCACGCUCAGCAACUGACUUUCAGAGUGGGCGGGUCUUUGAUCGGGCCACCGUCGCCUUGACAACUAAUUGAUUGACAGCAGGCCAGGUGUGUGACAUCAGACAGGAAGUGUUGAGUUUUUGGAGACGAGGGGCGAGGCCAGACAGCAACGAAGUGCACCAUCAACCAAUCAGCUUCUUCUUCUCAGCUCCCCUUGGACUUCGGCCACGCCCCCUUUGUGAUCAGCCAAUCAGAUGCACAGAUUCUACAGACAUGUGGAAACCUCUUACCACCAGUUUUUUGUUAUUUUGGUAACUUUGACUUUACCGACACUUCCUUCACAUCUGACUGGUGUUGUCACCGUGACAACAGCCCUGAAUUUAAAUUAAAACCUUUAUUAGCAAACAAAACAAAACAGAAACUGGAGAAACAAGGUUUCCAAAUAACUUCAUACAGAGACCAGGAUUCGCCAUGGUAACUGAUUAUUAUUAGACCCGUUAUCUCGUGAUCACAACACACUCACACACACACACACACACACACACACACACACACACACAC